GUUGAGGACAUUUGCUUCCUUGGGAUAUUCAUGUAGCAAAGCUCCAUCUAAUCUAUUGUUCACUUCCACAUCAUAUUUGCUUAUGAGGUUUUCUUGUGGUUAUUAAUGCAUAAGCAUGCAUGUACCCAUUUGAUUUUAACAUUUGUGAAGGUCGUUUAUUCUAGAUAUCCUUAUCCUUGACAAGGCAAUAUAUUUAGGGUGGGUUAUAAUGAUGCGUCUUUGGUGUGGAUUUGGGACCUAGUCUGUGUUUAUAUAUAUAUGUGUGUGUGUGUGUUACUGAUUCAUAGAUAUAUGACAAACAGGCUGCAAUAAAUGUGUGCUUUGUUGUUGCAGGUGACUAUUUGUCAGAAGUGUGGUGACAGUGGGUGGGAUGUUGCUUUGAUCUACUGUGACAAUUGUCAGGUUUAUGCUGAGCAUCGGUAUUGCUUGGAUGUACUGCCCAAAACAUUUGAUGAAUAUGUUACUUGGUUUUGCGAGGAUUGUGAACCAAAAGUUGGAAAGCUAUCUACUAUCAACAAAGCUAGUCCUCUCCCUUCUGCAAUAAAUCAUCCUAUAAAUUCAGUAAAUGUGCAAGCAACCCAAUCUGGAAUAGAAUUAAAGAAAAAGAAUUGUUCCCAAAUAUUGAAGAAGUCCAAGAAGGUUAAAAAGAAGAAAUUAAAGGUCUUCACUGACUGUUUGGCUAAAGCAACCAUGCGAAUAUGUGAAAAUAGCCCUUCCCUUCUGCCUAAUGAGACGCAUUGUGGUAAGAUACGUGAAAAGGAUCAGAAGCUUGGACAGGAUUUGAGACUAGUACUUUCAGAGGAUGCCGAUUCCAAUGACGAGGUUGGAUAUCUUAACAAUUCUCUUCAAUUGCGUGAGAUGCAUUGUGGUGAGAAUUGUGAAGGUCAGAAGUCAGGGCGAGAGGCAAGAGUGGUGGCUGAAUCUGUUAACCCUUCUCUUCGAUGCAAUGAGAUGCAUUAUAGUGAGAAUUGUGAAAAAGUUCAGAAGCUUGGACUGGAUCUGAAAAAUAAAACCAAUGCUGAUGUAGAAGCUGAAUCUGUUAAAACCUCCCAAAUAGUUAUGCAUUACCCUUCCAACAUCUUAGAACCCAAAUGUCAUGUCCCUUCACAGCCUAUCAUUGAUCCUAUCUGGAGAGGAAGUUUAUCCAUCUGCAAUAAAAUUUUUGGCACUGUUGGCCUUGUAGCUCAUUUGUCUAACUUAGCAUGCCCUAAAGUCUUCGAGGAGGCGAAAUUGAUACCAAGGAUGCUUUCCGCAGAAUUGCGUUGUAGGUCUGGUUUGUGGCCAAAAGGUUUUGGGAAGAGGGGCCCAACCGAUCAGAGUAUCGCUCUUUAUUUCUUUCCGGAAAACGAAAGUUAUGAAAAGGCUUUUCAGAUCCUGGUGGAUAGCAUGAUUGGCCAAGACCUUGCCCUAAGAUCCGUGGCGCAAAAUGCAGAACUUUUGGUUUUCUCUUCCAAAUUACUGCCUCCACAAUAUUGGAAAUUUCAGGGGAAAUUUUACUUAUGGGGAGUUUUUAGGAAAAAGCAGGCUUUUGGUGUAACAAAUACAGCGGUCCAUGAAGUGGAGGAAAACCGUACAAGUGCCAUAACCUGGGAUCGGAGGAGUCCUGUGGGUCCUUUAAGCAACAGUGGUAGUUAUGGUUCUAGCUCGCUAUAUUCUAUCCGUGCUUCAGUGUUUUGAUUUUGUUCAUCACAACUUGUAUAGUGUUUAGGGUCUCUUUCUUUCCAUUUUGCCCCUCCCCGCUCUCCCUUCUUCCCACUCCCUUGGUCUCUUUUGUUCUUCUUUUUUCUUUUUUCAUUUUUGUAGGUGAGGUGGG